UAGUGUCGCUCAGUCUCGUGCCGAACGUCGCUGUUGCUGGCCGUCUCGUAUUUGUUUAGUGCGAUACAAUCGGAGUGAUAAACUAGUUACUCCGGAACGACCGGCUAUUCUACAGUGCAUUGUGAACAAAAACUUCUGUAAAGGUGUAUUUUAUAUUGAUAAACUGAACGGUUUCGGGAGCCGUUAUUGAAACAAAGGCAUAGUUUAUGAAAAGGUGAACUUGUAACAAUCGAGAAACAGAUUGAUAACACAAAGCGAAGCAGGCGUAUUGGCCUCCGACCAUGAAUUAGAUAUCGCUGCAAACGAUAUCGAAACGUACGUAUCACACUUACUUCAUCUUUGUGCAAAUUUUACGAGUGAGUAUCGUGACUCGGAGAACACAAUAUCCAAAUGUUGAAGAAUGAUUUACGAGGAUGCCGGUGUCCUGAAGAUGGCCUCACGCACCCCGUCCCUUGAGUCGCUGCCCGGUGCCAAUUCUAUAGGUUCGCUGGAGCGUGGCUCCUUAUCACCACUGACCUUGAGCGGCUCCUCGCCUCCCGCGAGUGACUCCGCCGUAUGUGAUCUUCGCGAAUUCGACGGUCUAGACACCACCUGUGCUAUUUGCCGAGAGACAUUCGUUGACCCUAAAGUUCUCAACUGCUUCCACACCUUCUGCAGAGGUUGCCUGGAGCGUGAACAAACCCACCCCGACAAAGUAACCUGCGUCACUUGCCGAGUGGAUAGUCACCUGUCCCCAGCCGGUAUACCUGGACUCCUCACAAAUCUAGUGAUUGCAGCGGCCGUCGAACAGGACGCUGAUCUUCUGCCGUCAGGACGUCAGACUAAUUCGCCCACUGCACCUUGUACCGGCUGCAAGUCUAAGGAAUCCGACGCCGUAGCGCGCUGUGUAGAUUGCGCUAACUUCCUGUGUCCCAAUUGCGUCAUGGCUCACCAAUUCAUGCAUUGCUUUGAAGGUCAUCGUGUGCUGGCCUUCACGGACCUAAAAGAUGAUAAAGGUCUUCUUAACUCGACGCUCUCGGCGAGCGGUGAUAAAACCGCAUUCUGCCCGAGACACAAAAAUGAUAUUCUGAAAUACUUUUGUCGCACUUGUUCUGUGCCAGUGUGCAAAGAAUGUACAAUUAUCGAACACCCCGCGGCGCUACACGACUGUGAACAUUUGUCGGAUGCGGGGCCAAAACAACUUGAACUCAUGCAGCAAGCAGUCAAUGAAGCUAAAACACGUGCAACGGAAAUAAGACACGUUGUGAAGACGGUAGAACAUGCUGCUGGUAAACUUCAAGUUCAAUAUCAUAAAGCUCAAAAUGAAAUUAACGACACCUUCCAAUUCUACCGCUCUAUGCUAGAAGAGCGUAGACAGGAGUUACUGAAGGAACUGGAAAGUGUUUUCUCGACAAAGCAAAUUGCUCUCACUGUCGUAGGGCAGAAAGCUCAAGAAACUGUAGACAAAAUAUAUCAAACUUGCGAUUUCGUCGAAAGGUUGACCAAAUGCGCCAACAUCGCCGAAAUAUUGAUGUUUAGAAAACUUUUAGAUACUAAACUGCAAUCUUUAAUUAGCACGAACCCAGAACAAAGUGUACAAACAGCUUGCGAACUUGAAUUUGUAUCGAAUUAUCAAGCGAUACAAGUCGGCGUCAGAAACACUUUUGGUUACGUUCGCUCUAGUUCUGAAGCGAACGUCGGUCCCACCAAACAACCACCGAUCGCUCGGCCCACAAACGGUUCUCUGUUGAAUGGCGGAUCUUCCUCGAGCAGCAGCAGCGUAAAUGGAAGCUCAGGAAGCCUUAACGGUGGUAUUCACCUGCCGACUGGAUUAAAUGGUGUUUUAGACAGACCCUACUCGAAUGGACUUCUCGGUCCCACGAGCCAAUCAACAUCUCCGUUUGAUACGAACAUUAUCUCCAAACGUUUUACUAGUGGUAACUCUCUCGGGCCUUUCUCCACUGCCAUUGGAGACAUCAACUUAAACGGCAUAAACCCAUACGAAAAAUGGUCAAAUGGAGGAUGUGACACGCUGUUCCCUCCCGCCACAUCGGACCCAUAUUCUCUUUCUGCUGCCGCUCAUUCAGAUCCAAUUUUAGAUUUGACAAACAAAUUAAUAUCCACUGCUAUAUUCCCUCCAAAAUCACAGAUCAAACGGCAAAAGAUGAUAUAUCACUGUAAAUUCGGUGAGUUCGGUGUGAUGGAAGGCCAAUUCACAGAACCAAGCGGAGUCGCUGUCAAUGCUCAAAACGACAUUAUUGUCGCCGAUACUAACAACCACCGAAUUCAGAUUUUCGACAAAGAGGGCCGCUUUAAGUUUCAGUUUGGCGAGUGUGGCAAACGAGAUGGACAGCUUCUGUACCCUAACAGGGUAGCCGUUGUCCGAACCUCUGGAGAUAUUAUCGUUACAGAAAGAUCGCCGACGCACCAAAUACAAAUUUACAAUCAGUAUGGUCAAUUUGUUCGAAAAUUCGGUGCCAAUAUUCUUCAACACCCCCGCGGUGUCACCGUGGAUAACAAAGGACGAAUCGUCGUCGUGGAAUGUAAAGUUAUGCGUGUCAUUAUCUUUGACCAAGUAGGAAACGUACUCCAGAAAUUUGGAUGCUCAAAACAUUUAGAAUUUCCGAACGGCGUUGUGGUGAACGACAAACAAGAAAUAUUCAUAAGUGACAACAGGGCGCAUUGCGUCAAAGUCUUUAACUACGAAGGCAUUUACUUGCGCCAGAUCGGAGGAGAAGGAGUGACUAACUACCCGAUAGGCGUGGGCAUCAACGCAGCCGGCGAAAUCUUAAUCGCCGACAAUCACAACAACUUCAACCUUACAAUAUUCACUCAAGACGGACAGUUGGUAUCGGCUUUAGAAAGUAAAGUAAAACACGCUCAAUGCUUCGACGUAGCUCUCAUGGACGACGGCUCGGUAGUUCUCGCGAGCAAAGAUUACCGCCUCUAUAUUUACCGUUACGUGCAAGUGCCACCUAUUGGCAUGUGAACGUCCCGAGCUCGCUCAACCCCAUCGCAGUCGGGAACUUCCGGCGACACUUAAAGCCAAAAAUAAAGUUAACGAUUCUGGCCAUAUGUGUCAAUUUUUAUUACGAAGUGACUCUUGAAGUGGAAUAUAAGAAAGGACUACGUUUGCGGCGGCGAUGUGAUCACUUUACCGAUAGCCCUCCGCCAAGGCGACGCCUAGGUCGAGGGAGGCUCGAUGCAUUAUGUACCUACAUUUUAAACGAAACUGUAAUGAGAUUAGUUUUAGUAUUGACAUUGUUAUAUAAGUACCUAAGUGGAGUACGAGAGAUUAUUCCGUUGGUUGGAGCCGAAAAUAUCGUAUGAUUCUCGACCCUUAUCAUUUUUGAUCUAUGAAUAAUAUUUUUCCAUAUCCCACGUCGUUAAAUUAGGGAUGAAUAUUACGGGCGUUUGUAUUAUUUAGCCCAUUUGUUGGACCAAUAUUUUAACUAUUAUUACUUAAAAUUGUUAGGCGUUAAGCGAGUGAUUUUAUUGAAUUAAGAGAGCAUCGAGUGGUAUUGUUGUUAGUUUUAAGGAUAUUCUUCGGCACAAUGGCACUUCCUGUUUUGAAUUAGCACUUAUUCUGUGUCGAUGGAAAAAUAAUUAUGAAUCUAAUUAAGAAGUUGUUACAUAUUCUUAGGUAAGUGUUAAAUGGAAUUAAACUAAAAUGGACAACCUUUAGUUACUACCCCCUUUUUAAUGUAGUUACAAAAAUUAGGGAAAGUGAUGUUAGGGGUUUUAUCAAUGACAAAGUUGACUGCGGCGUUUCUUAAAGAACGAAUAGAUCAAAAGUUUAGUUGACACAACGGGAGAUCUUUAUAUGUGAUUAGACAUCACACGAGAAGUGAGUUGCGCCAGUCCUUGAGAUGAUAAGAACUUGGAGUAUUAUAAAGCAUUUGAGAAUGGUUGUUUUUGAUUUUGAGCAUUGGAAUACUGUUAGGACUACAGAUAUGACGUCAUCACCGCCUAGUCACUGAGAGCCCACGGAUCCAUAAAUUCCUCAAUUUCGUUGUUUUUAUUACAAUUAGUAACAUUUGGUUGAUAUAAUAUUAUUCGUUUUUAUACAAAACUUAAGUAGGUAUUUUAUAUUAAUUAAACACGGUAGUAACUAGUAGAGCACUUAGUGAAGGUUCGUUUCGCUAGAUUUUUUGAUUUAACUAUUUUUCGAGAUUUUAACGGUGUGACGCAUUUUGCUGCUCACUGUAGUAUUAUAGCUUACUUGAUAUGUCUUACAAACCUGUUGAUUCUAGUAAGAUAUUUUUUAUACGAAAGCAACUUUAUUUUUGUAGCAUUAUUAGAUUACGGUGCAUGUGUAACGUUUAUUUUUCUUAUUUUAUGAAUAUUAUGCUAUCGUUAGAUUACUACUUUACCGCGUGUUUGAGUGUGUUAGAGGAAUUAUUUUAGCUUGAUUUUUCAUUUUUUAGUUUUAUUUUUUGUAGUUUGCUGAAUCUAUGACAAUAAACAGAUCUGCCGCUUAAUGUUUGAUCUGAAUAAGCCUCUAGAGUAAGACGAUUGAAGCCACGCCACUAUGACCGUUGCUCGUAUACCUGCAAUACCUGCUUUACAUGUGCCAUACAACCAUGUUGUGAUGUAUUAAGUGAUAUUAAGUGUUGUUUGUAAAUAUGUACCAUAAUAUCUUUGUACCGAAUUUUAUACAUAAGUUUAUCGAAUUUUUUCACUACUAUUUGUGCAAAUUACUUGGUCAAUAAUGCAAUGAAUUGCUUAUAAAGGCUUUAUGAUUUUUUCACUUAUCUCGCACGUAAGACAUUAUUGUUCGCAAAUUUGCAUUAAAGUUUCUGAAAGGUUCUCGGGAUAAUUUAUUUGUCUGCAUUUAGCAGUCCACGGUGCUUUCAAUCGAAUCAUAUUUGACGUGGCUUCGAUCUAACUCCAUCAGAUUUUGUCACUAGAUUAGGCGAAAUAGAGUUUUUGAUCCAUUCUUUAGAAUCUAAAUUGGAGUGAUUGAUCACCAAUGAUUUAACGUAUAGCGUCUGUUCCUAGUAAAUUAUUCCGUUCUAAAGAUGGCUUUUUGAAUUCUAUUUCUUUUAAUCUACUGCUCACAUUUUGGUCUGCUAAAUUUAAACCGAUAAUGUUUCUUUUGUGAUCAAUGACAACUUUUUUAUCAUUACGAGAUCCAAUAAUUUGUUCACAUACAAUGAAUACAAAUCACACGAUAAACUAUCGGUUUAAAAAAGCUCUUAGGAUUAGUCCGGAUCGUUCAUUCAUCGCGUUACCCACGAACGAUCGGUAUUUGAUAAAACAUACGCUUUUACUUAAUUAAAAAUGAUUCAUCGUAUUAUAUUUAUAUUAAGUACCUAUAACUUAGUAUAUCGAAAUUCUAUGUAAGAU